AUGGAUCAAAACAACACACCACCUCCACACUCAUUCUCAUCACCAGCAUCAGCAACUAUGAAAACCCCGAAAAGUGCAACAGAAAUUUUGCAGAGAAGACAGAAAUUCCUUGCCAAAAGAUGGAAACGACACGAAUAUGCACUCUAUGAUAUAUUUACAAUUACCUUUUCGUUUAUUGAUGUGAGGAAACAUUUCAUGUCGUUGGCACUUGUCAAUAAGUGGUUUUAUCAUCAGGUUCAUGAAUGUCUUGCCAAUAUUGAGGAGAUUGUUUGUGUAGAUGAGAAGGAAUUUCUUCCGAUCAAUUAUAGAGAGAGCAGAUUGGAACUGUUUUUGGAUAAAUUAUAUAGAACUAAAAUAUCAAGAAAUUAUCUGCAGUUUGAGGAGGAAAUGGAAGAGGAGCAUGAUGAGGAAUUUAAUGCUGAUCAUCAUGAUGAAAAUGUUAAUAUAGAGAAUGAUGCACAAGUGCAGAAGAGUGAAUCAACUGAUGAAUCAAGUGAUGGAGUAUUUAAAGAUCUUUUAGCGGCAUAUAAUUCAGUGAAGGGAAUGUUUGGAAUACCUCCACCACCUACUUCAACUGUUGCAUUAUCAAGUAACAAGUCCACUAAGGAACAAACUCUGCUGAAGAGGGCUAUCAUCGCUAUUAGUACCUAUGAAUAUUGGAGUCCAUUUCGUAAAUACAGGAUUGAGAAAAUUUACUUGAUUGGGACCUUUUCGAAAUAUUCCUCUUCCCUGCAUGCCAUUGAAAAACAAGGUGUCGAAUAUGAUAGUUUGAUUUUCUUUAGAUGUGGAGUUUUAGUACAGAGUUUUUAUAUUUUAUCAAUGGAUUUUAGUGCAUAUCAUAGAGCAGUUUAUAUUAAUUCGUCAUUUUCUGGUUCUGACGCUAUUCCAAUAUAUACAUCAACGAUGGACAUUGAUCAAGUGAUGGACGUGAUGAAAGAAUAUGAAAUAUUCUCAAUUUCACCAAGUUUAGUGCAGUUCAAGACGAACGAGAUAAUGGAAUAUGUCAAAUUUGAAAAGUCUGGAAGUGCUUCCUCUGGAAAUAUACUAUGGAAAGCUCUGAAAAAGUAUGAAAAUCUCUAUCCCUAUCUUCAGCAAGUAUUUGGUGAUUUGGGUGUAUAUUACUUGAAAUCUAUGGUAUCUGAAAUGAUAUCUAUUACAGAAAGAAAUUUUAGAACCUUUUUAGAAAAGUGGAAUUUAUCAGUUCAAGUCAAAAAGAUUAGAUUAGAAUUUUUGAUAACCAAUACAAUUUAUUGUGACAAAAUUAUUGAGAAUUUCGUAAGGGAAGCAAAUGAAAUUGACAAGGCAUUGGAAAAGAAAAAAUCAUUGGCUGUCGAGAAGUGUAAACUCGAAAGUUGGGCCAAGUGGGUUUCUGAUACUUACAAGAAGAGAGCUAGCAAGAAGAAAAUAGAUAUUAUGUUACAAUAAACAAGCUGUAACUGGAACAUGUUUAUGC